ACCCUUGGGCCAAAGAUGCGCCUGGCGUCCGGUCCUGCGUGUCCUAGUCGUUUGCGAACCCUACAGCAUUCGCUUGCUGUCACGGAAGCUGUCACGGUUUCCAAGAGCACAUACGAAGCGAACGCCAUGUUGCGGCUACAAACGGCAGUGAUGCUGGUGGCAUCAUUGCUCACCAUCUCUCCAGCGGCCUUUGGCGACGAGCUGAGCUUGGACGAUCUGAUCCUGCAAACCUUCACAACACCUCCCCCGGCCAAGGGCGGAGCACCAACGACUACGGCAGCACCUCUUCCCCCGCCUCCGCCGGUUGGCGUAAAGGGUGGGCCAUGCGGUGAUGAGCAGGUGUGCAUCCAGCGGUACCUCUGCUCGAACGCCAGCUCCACCGGUGAGGGACUGAUCGACAUCCGGUUCUCCGAUGAUAACCCGUGCGUGGACUACUUGCUGCAGUGUUGCUUCGAGGGAGAUAUUAUUGAAUAUCCCGAUCCAACCCACACAACCGCUAAGCCGCCACCAGUGCCAGAUCAACCGGUGACUGGAAUCAGCCCUGUGCCGCCGCUAGAACCGCCAGUACGAUGCGGUAAGCGCAACGUUGAUGGCAUCGGUUUCCGCAUCACCGGUGGCAAGGACAGCGAGGCCGAGUACGGCGAGUUCCCGUGGAUGGUGGCGAUCCUCAAGACAGAGAAGGUGCUCGAGCAGGUGCGCGAGAAUGUCUACCAGUGCGGCGGUUCGCUCAUCCACAGCCAGGUCGUGCUGACGGGGGCACACUGCGUGCAGAACAAGCAGCCGGCCCAGCUGAAGGUACGUGCCGGCGAGUGGGACACGCAGACGAAGAACGAAAUCUACCCGCAUCAGGAUCGGUCGGUGGUCGAGGUCGUCGUCCAUCCGGACUACUACAAGGGUGGCCUGCACAACGAUGUCGCCCUGCUGUUCCUGGACUCGCCGCUCCAGCUGAACGAGGGUAUCCAGACGGUUUGCCUGCCGCCGCAGGACUUGGUGUUCGAUCACGCGACAUGCUUCGCGUCCGGCUGGGGCAAGGAUGUGUUCGGCAAGGCCGGCACCUACCAGGUAAUCCUGAAGAAGAUCGACCUACCGGUCGUCCCGUACGACCAGUGUCAGACGGCAUUGCGUACGACGCGACUUGGUCCCAAGUUCAAUCUGCACAAGAGCUUCCUCUGCGCCGGCGGUGUUCCCGGCAAGGACACGUGCAAGGGUGACGGUGGGUCGCCGCUGGUGUGCCCCAUCCCGAACGGCAAACAGCACCACUACUACCAGACGGGCCUGGUUGCGUGGGGUAUUGGUUGCGGCGAGAACGGAAUCCCCGGCGUGUACGCGAACGUGGCCAAGUUCCGCGGCUGGAUCGAUCAGCAUAUGAAGCAGCGCAACUUCGGCACCGACAGCUACACGCCUUAGACGCCCGGGCCCAUCUUGCCACCAAUUAUAAAUGCUUUUACUCUAAUAACAACAUUGACGUGCAAACGGACGAUGGCAAUGGCGAUGCUUUCGUGCUCCCUGGCCGAUUAUCAGUGCGACGAAACAGCGACCCGCUGAACCUGGCUCCGCUCCGUUGCACAUCGUGGUGAUGAUAAUUUUAAAACGAAAAGUAAACAAAAUAAAACCUUCUUCCUUCGAAACGAA